CAGAGGAUAACAGUGAAGAUGAGCUUGAAGACUGACUGGAUUCUUACAAUCAGAGAACCUAACCUGCUAAACAAUGAUAAUCACAAGAAUAGCUCCAUUCCAAAACGGCAAGCGCCUGCAGCCCCAGUUCAGCAACCAUCACAACCAGUGGCGCCAGCGCCAACACCACAAGCAAAACCACCUCCUCCCCAACCACUGCCUAAAACCCAGAUUGCUGGUGUUGGUGGAAACUUGCGCAGUGCACCUGAGGCAUCACCCCCUCCAUACUCCCAACCUUCUCUCCCCCCGUCCCAAUUUCGAUACGAAUACAGGGGGAACAGUCAUAUUCCCCAGACAUCACAUUCUCAGCCUUCCCUUCACUCAAACCUAGCAGGCAGUCGAACCGAUUCCAACCUCUUGAAUAUGGAACCUCGUUCUGGCUCAGGAGAUGUGUACAUUAGCCAGAAUCAAGGUCCCAAGCAUCUGCGUAGCCAUUCCGACCUCUCCACAUCUCGAACAACACAUCCCUCAGUUCAGUCCUCCCAGCCUCCCAGACAUCCACUGCAGGAGCGUCCCAAAUCCCAGCAUGACCUCCCCAACAGUUUCCCCGUCAACAACCACCACCACCAGCAGCAGCAGCCUGCCCGCACGCACAAAGUGCUGGUAUUGCCCCCUGGGCCUGUCCCGCCAAGACCACAGGCACCAGCAAGCCAACAGGUCAUCACAAAUACACGACCACAGAAUUCAGCGAGCUUAGACCGAAUUGUCAGACCCAUUUUGGACAAUCUCCGUGAUCAAUAUCGAGAGGAAUAUCAUCGAAUAGGUCGACCAAUACCUCUCACUGAGUCUAUUGAUGAACUGCGCAAUGCUUUUGACCUAGCAGAGCAGUCCUGUCCGGGCAUGACAGAUGAUUUGGUGUCUGGAAUUCUGACUCGACUAGCUUCGUCAUCACGUACAGUCACUGAUGCAGAACUGACCUGGGGACUAAGCAAGCUGACCUUAUAGAGGUAACAUAGAAAGGGUUAUAGAUGCCUUUUUUGUUGGCAAAUACACAACCAGCCAAACAGGAGAAAUGGAUUUCCCUUCCUGCUUGUGUAAGGCAAACAAAAGAGCACAUGGCAUUGGAGAAAUGUACAUUGCAGUUUGGCCAUAAAGGACAAUAUGCAUGGAAAUGUGUGAGUGUGAAAGAGAGAGAGAGGUAAAGGGGUAUGGGCAAAUGUGAUGUGAGAUAGGAUACAUGUUAGUGUGUUUAUGUAGAGUUCUUCACAGAGUUAAACUACACAAAGAUUUGAUGCAGCUGCAGUGCAUCAGUCUAUAAAACCUGGCUGUGACGAAGAUCGUAUGGACUUCCAUAAACAAUGAUGAUGCACCAACAUUCCAACUGUGGCGUUUUCUGUUGUUAAUGGUCAAAAGAAAUACAAAAUUGUGGCUUUAAAUGGGAACCACCUAUGCUAUAUAUAUAUAUCCACUCACAAUAUAUAGACAAGAGGAACAACUAAUUUUUUGGUCUGGACAUCAUAAGUGCUAGGGCAAGGGUGAGUCAAGUGGUCAACUGUCACAUGAUUGGAUUUCUAGGCAUGUUUGUACAUUGGUGAAGCAAAUGGAAUUAAUCUGGCUGUAGAAAGGUUGGUGCUGGCCAUUGAAUUUCUCGAACACUCUUCACACACCUAGGUUUUUGCAAGUGAAAACAUUUCAAAGAAAUUUUAACAAGGUCUGAGAAGCAUGGCAAAUGUCUGGUCUUGACAUAAAUGCUUGCAUCUCUGUCAGAAAUCUCUUUUUUUUUUUCAAGUUCAUUAAUGUUAGCAGUGUUUUAGAAACUGACCUUCGGGGUUAUCUCAGUCAGUUGUUUUGGCUUCAGCUAUGGUGAAAAACUAAAUCUGAAGUUAAUCUCAUGCUAACACUAGAUCCUGAAUGGGAAAAAUGAUGAGGAAAACUGAAAUGGUUUUCUUGCAUUUAUUUGUUUAGAAAUUGUUCAGCAAGGCUGACACUAGGAGUGUUAUAGUACUUGAAUGACAAACCUUAAGUCAUUCCUUUUCCAAAAUUAGGGAUCCAGACAUUGCCAAAGAAUAGUCCAUUUUUAAUGACCUCAUAGAUGAAGUCAGAUAAAAUGCACCCUUGGCUUUUUUUCCCCGUACCUUGACCUCUGUUGCAUUCAUUUUCCAUUGGUUCACAUUCCAACCAAUCUCUGUUUAGCUUGGAAGUCACAGUACAUGGCCCAACAUUAGCAUCAGUGCAUAUUCCUAUGAGAUUUUUAGCUUGACUUCUUCUAAGGAAGCAUUGGUGUUUAUGCAAAAAGUAUUCAUAUAUAUAUGUAUGUGUGUGUUUCCACCAUUAAUUAUUUUGGGUGAGCUAAGCCUAUGUACACUUUUGUGGGCUGCUGUUACUGGUUUGGUUUGUGAGAGUAGGAAAUGCAUGAGAGAGAGAGCAUGCAUUCUUGCACACUUGCAUGCACAUACAUGGAGAGGAUUGUGCCAAAAUUGUCUUUGGCAAGGUGUGUAUUAAUGUUAUUACAUGUAGCUUGCAUUUGGGAUGAACAUAUUUGCACUUUUUAUUUGCCCAAGAAAAACCAGUGCUUUUUGUUUUUAUCCAAUACCUUAUUAACCGUUCUACCAGCUAAUUUUCUGUCAGUAGAAGCACCUGUCGCACAGUCUCCAACACCUUGUGUCUUUUGCAUCUUUCAUGUCUUCUGCCUUCGCUGUGGCCUACUUGACACUGUAAGGAAUGGAUUUGUUUUACAUUUCCUACAUUUUAUUUGUGUGUGAAUGUGUUAAUUUAGCUUUGCUGCACUUGCCACCUAUUGCUGGUGAGGAAUUCCACAUCAGCCAAUUUUUGAAAAUCUUCCAGAAAAAUUGUCCCAGGGUCAUGUAACCAAUGUAGUCCCCAGAUCUUAUUAUGUUCUUGUCUUAGACAAUUUCUGUAGUUGUUUGAAGAGAGAAGUUUUGCCUGCAUAUUUUACAGUAUUCAAAAAGCAUUUUACCUCAAGCAUGUUCAGUUGUAUCUGACAGACUCUACACCCAUAGGGCAGUUUGAUGCAUUUCGGCAAUAAUCCAGCUUAGCUGAAAGCAAAGUGCUUGAUUGAGAAGUGGUUUGAAUUGUGUUUUGCAGAUAUUAAAUUGCAAUCCCUCUGUCUAAAUUGAUUUCUGUGUGUAUUGAUCAUUGCCUGCAAAACGCUUGUCUGUAGUAUGGAAUACUUCAAGUGAAGCAUUUUUAGUGUAAAUUCAGAAGGACUACAUUUUGAGUACAUUCUGUGUAAUUGUUAUUUUGCAUGUGCCUGGUGAUAUGGAAUGCUGCUUUUUAUAUUGUUUUGGUAGGUUUGGGAGGAAAAUAAAAACAGCCGUUGUAUAUUUUGAUAUUUCAUAUCUAGGUUGCUGUGGAAAUAUGUUGGAAAAGUUAAGCACCAGGGAUAUGCUAUAAUCCCAGGUGAAUACCAGGAUAUUUUUUGUGCAUAGCUAAGAAACAUCACACUUUAGAGGUAGUUUACUGAUUGAGGUGCUUAUGUGUUUUGUAUCCAUAUUUGUGUUCCAGACUAGGUAGAUGAGCUGAAACUGAGGGUGUGUCUAAGUGUCCAGAUUCCCCUGCCCAACCCCCAGUUUGUUUGUUUUUUUAAUUAUUUUUUUUUUGGCGAGUCUUUGAAAGGGUUAAGGGUUACAAAAGCAAGCAAGAAAGGUGGGGUGCCUAAAUCAGAUGUGCAUUGCAAUCAGCUUGGAAGAAACAAGGUCUGGAUAUUUACAAAUUGUCUUAAAAUAGUAAAAACCUGACCCACGUGUAUUAUUUUUCUUUACCAGGAGAGUGUUUGUAACCAAGACUGGUGACUGGAAUAUAUAUAAUUUCUUGCUGAGAAUGUAUCCAAUCCCCACAAAUGAACUGUCAAGGAUUUGCUUUUUGUUCUGUUAUUUGGGACUAUAUAAGCAUGGAGUCCAUAUUUUGUCAGUUUGCUUUUUAGGUUCUAUAUUGUGUCAAGUUUUCACCUUUCUUUGGAAGGAAAGGUGGACCAAAUACAAAUAAUAAAAAUCUAACAAGGAAGAACAAUUUUAAUGUAAUUAGUUUCCUUCUGAUUGAUGCCACAUCGUUCAGUCUUACGAAGAACAUUGGGUAGAGAGUUUCUCAUGCUGUUGUUGCCAGAUAAUGGCAUGACAUUGUGCACUAUCAGCAGUCCUUUACUAUCCACUGACCGACCUCCGCCACUUACUGUGAUCUUGUUUACUGACUAGCAGCAGUUUACUCUGAAUACCAAAACAGACUGCUUGUGGCAAACAUUGUUAUCCUUUAUCAUUACAACCAUUCCUGAUUUGUGUUUUUUUCUGCAGUGAUGUUUUUUGUGUGCAUACAGCAUUGAGUAUGAUGGGUUAGUCUCUUCAAUUUUGUCCCCUUAUUCACUAGGAUAUGAUCUAGUCAGCAGAAUGUACUUUGCCAUGAACACACUACUUUCGAGUAACUAUUUAAUUUUCUUCUUCCAAGUAGACUCUUUGUCCAUCAGGCUGUGCCCUACAGUUUUCUGUUGAAAGCCUUAGUGUCAUCAUGUUUUGGCUCUUUCUAUCCUGAUACAAAGUACAUUGUUACAUCUUUUAUUUCACACAGUGUAUCUUGUCUUCAUAUCUGUUUGUUAUUCCACCACAGCUUGAGGGAGCAGGAAAACAUGUUGAAAUAAUGGCUGUGCUUAUUUCUAGUAAUAAAAAUAUGCCAGCAACAGAACCUUUCACGCAUGUAGAGCCAAAAGCUGCAGCCUACUGUCAAAUAGUUCAGGCUGAACUGUUUAUCAACUUUUUGCACUUGGAAUACCAGGUACAUAUUUUGUCCUUAUUGGAUGAAUGUGAUUUCGCAUCAUUUCGUUUGCACAUUCCCUCUUGCUGGAUAAACACGUUUGGCAACAUUCCCUAUUUUCAGGCAUGCCAGCUGUGAAGUGGACGCAUGAUGCUUCCAGAAGUGAUCAGUGCGGUCAAGUUUAGGACUCAGGUCUUUAAAGGCUAUUGACCGUGCUUGAUAGUGGGAUUUUUUUUGUGAAACGUUUUGACUGUCAUCACUUUGAUACCUGGCUAGAAAGGUUUAAUUUCAUUCUGACCAUAAUCUUCUGUUUUGAAGGAAAGAUGAAGUACUAGGAUGAAAGCAAGUCAUGAGUCUCAAGAGAAGGCCUGGAUUCCAAAUUUACUAUGCUUAGUCGUAGUCUCUCAGCUGACCAGUUUAAAGUGUAGUGAUGGCAACUGAAAGAUUUUUAAGAAUGUAGUUUGUUUUUUUUAAAUACUUUUAUAAUUUUUUUCAUGUUCACACCUGCGUCUCAUCAGCUUGUGACAGCAGGAUAACAACAGAGUACUUUAUUGAAGAGCACAAAGAGAAGACAAAUGAAUGUCCGAAAGAAAACUGAAAUACUUUCUCCACUGCUUAGCUACAUUUUCUUUCACAUUGCCAGAUCACAUCAGGGUCCUAUUAUAAUUUUUUUUUAACCUAGUGUUUUUGUUCAUUUCCUUGAGAGAUAUACCUUGCAGUUUAGGGAAUGUUUUUAAUUAGAUCGGUCGGACAUAGCCUUCGUCAGAUCUUUCAAAAAUUGCUGACACUCAGAAACAGGAGGAAAUAUAUAUUUUCAGACCUAGCCAUUAGUGGGUGUUCUAAACAGGUCUUUUUAAUAUCAGUGUGUGCUGUGCACAUAACUGUCUGAUGACUGUGCAUAUGUGGAUGGUGUAGGUGCACCUUUUUAUGUUGGCCUGUGUGCUGUGUUCUUUCAUGUAUGUGUUUGUGUGCUUGUUUACAUAUGCUGCUAAAAUCGAAUAGAUCAAAGUGGAUAGAUCACUUUUGCACUAUUCAAAGGCAAUGGAAAUUUGAAUCACAUAGCUGAUUAGUUGUGCCAGAAAAACUGUUAUACAAAUAUAUAUUAUAUAAAUAUUACAGUAAUCUACAAACAUGUUAAACAAGUUAUUUUGGUUAGCUUUGUACAUACUGGCAAAAGUUGUACACAACAUAUUUGUAUAUAUAGCAUGUAUAGAGCCACCAAAAAAAAUUGAAAAGCAUACGUGAUGACUGAUUGGAUUUGGAAUACUUUGUAUAUUAUUUUCCACCUUGCUGCUUCACUUGUCAUGAAUGAUUGUUUAAAGUGAGAUGGGAGAGAAAGAGUUGUUUAAGAACUUCACAAAAUGAUUUCAUUGCAUUCUUGCGUGGAGCACAAUGUACAUGAAGUUGAUACUGUACUAGAGAUAAAAUUUGUCACAAAAAUAUGGGUCGAGUCAAGACAUAUCAGUCAUGUUUGAGAUGUUCAUUUUGGGCCAUCACGCACCUCUGUUCCUCACUAAUUGACUGACGGAAUUGUGGUGUUCAUCGGCACAUGCUCCAGUCCUGGCUGAAGAAUCUUAAUAAUGUAGUUGCACCUCCAAAACACCUGAAAGGACGUUGAACUGGCCAAACAUUUUGUGCCAUCACUCUGCUUUGAAGUUCUUGCUAAAUAUUUAUUUUCUAAUUUCAUUGUCACUUGCUAGCUAAAAAAAAAAAAAUUGAGUGCCUAUGAGGCAUGUCAAAUAUACAAAGUGUCACUGAUUACUGUUAGAUUUGCAAACUAUCACCAUUGCUACUAAAGUGGGAAGCUGAAGAUGUUAAAGGGAAUGGUAUUAGCAACAGGGAGUGUCCGAGAGGCCCUUUAUAUAUCCCUACAUAACUAGACAGUCUGUGGGUUCAUGUAUUUCAUGGGUCAAACACCUUUAUUUUCUUUAAGAAGCAUUUCUGUGCACGCAGCUUUAUUUCAGUAUGGUUUGACAGUCAGGUAUACAGACUCUGCAUGUAGCUGUUCUUUGUUUCUAUCAUCAUCCUUGUAGGAUUUCUUCAAGUUCACAGCAAAUGCUGGUGUAUCAGUUAUCAUUGACAUUCAGUAGUUAUACCAGGAUUGGGCUUGUUAUACUGGUUUGUAUUUAAUAAAGCAAGUUAUGACAAUAAACACUCUGUAAUUAGUA